UUCUGCGCAUGUUAAUUCUGAUUGGCUCAAGCAUGCUCCCUCUGCGCAAAUGCGUAAAAUUAUUUUACAGCAUAUAAUUUGUGCUCAAGUGAUCUAAGAUCAAUUUUUUAAUUACUUAAUUAUUCACAGUAUUUAUUCGUGUUAAUAAGCAAUAAAUUAAUUUUUUCUUUUGAUAAACUAUCAUAUACCACUAUGGUGAAAUACCUGAAUCAACAAGAAAGCAUUAAUAUAGAUAAAGAUUUAUUUGAAAAGUAUAAAUUCAGUGUGGAUCAGUUGAUGGAACUUGCUGGACAGAGCUGUGCUAUUGCUAUUGCUCGAACUUACCCAUUAUUUAAAAAUUCUGCACAAAAGAUUUUAGUUUGCUGUGGACCAGGAAAUAAUGGAGGUGAUGGAUUAGUUUGUGCUAGACAUUUGAAACAAUUUGGAUACUCUCCAGAAAUUUAUUAUCCUAAAAGAACAAGCAGUACUUUGUAUGAAAAUCUAUUACAUCAAUGCAUUGAAAAUGACAUUUCUGUGGUAGAAAAUAAUAUAGAAGAUUUUGCAGCAAAUCAAAUGCAUCACUUUGCUCUUAUAGUGGAUGCAUUAUUUGGAUUUAGUUUUAAACCACCUGUCAGAGAAACAUUUAUUCCAAUUAUUGAUUUACUAGAAAAAACAAGUAUUCCAAUUUGUAGUAUAGAUAUACCCUCUGGUUGGAAUGUUGAAAAUGGUCCACCCACAGAAGGUGGUAUAAAACCAGAAAUGCUGGUAUCAUUAACAGCACCAAAAUUAUGUGCUAAAAAAUUUGAAGGUAAAUACCAUUACUUAGGUGGCAGAUUUGUGCCAAAAAAAUUAGAAAAAGAAUAUAAUCUUAAUCUACCUGAAUAUCCAAACACAGAUUUAAUUGUUCCCUUAUCUUAAAUAUUCAUAUAAAAUAAAGUUAUUUCCAUUAUAUAAAGUUUU